UCAGCAUCAUCUCCAUCUCGUGCGGUUCUUAUUUGACCUAUCUCUCAUAAAUUUUUAUUUCUCCUCUGUAAAUUUAGUUUCUUACAAAAAUCGUGAAAUUGAAAACUUUUGCCUCUUUCUCUAACCAAAUUAAAGCUUCAAACUUUGCUGAUUUAUCGAUUUUGAAAUCGGGUGAGGAAAGAAAAAAAAUGGUGUCUGGGUUAAUCAACGAGAACCCAAUCAUUUACCCGAAGAAAGAGAGGCGUCUUCGAACUGAUUCAAGCAACACCGAUGAGUUUACACCAGAACCAAUUGAUCAACUUGAGAUUUUUGAUCAUAUAAGAGAUAUAAAAGAUCCAGAGCAUCCUAAUACUCUGGAAGAUCUCAGAGUAGUUACUGAAGACUCAGUUGAACUGGAUGAUGACAACAGUUAUGUUAGGGUUACGUUUACGCCAACUGUGGAACAUUGUAGCAUGGCUACCAUUAUUGGUCUUUGUGUUCGCGUGAAACUUCUGCGUAGCCUUCCUGCUCGAUACAAGAUUGAUAUAAGGGUAGCACCUGGUACUCAUGCAACAGAGGAUGCAGUGAAUAAACAACUAAACGACAAAGAACGUGUUGCGGCUGCACUAGAGAAUCCAAACCUCGUGGAGAUGGUCGAUGAAUGCCUGCUUCCAUCAGAUGAGUGAAUUGCUUUUACUUUCUUGUGAGCAAGCCUGUUGGUCUCAGAGUACACUACAUUAUCCAUACAUGUCUCUGUUUUAUCUGCUAAGAUUUUGAUCCAUCACAUCUACUAGGACUUGCAUUGUAAUUCUUACUCAGAUUUCAAGUUUGUUCCCAAUCAUUUCAAUGAAGUCUCAAUAACACUUUUCUUAAUAAAAGUUGAAGUGUCACUUCGAUUUCAUUA